AUGGAAAGUUUUCACAAUAGCCUGUGGGCCCUUCUUACACCAAGGGAGAGUAUUGACAAAUCCGGAGAAGAUCCUGUGAUAGCAGUAUUAAAGCCUUACGCAGUGCCCGAUGAUGAUGAUGGUCCAAAAGACCAGUCUAGUUUUCAAAAAUUCUUUGGCAAUACAUCAAUUUCCCAAAAAACCGACAUCACUACGGACGAUGUAUCAUUAGUUGAUCACUUCAUUAAUGUAGAACAUAGUUAUGAUAACAAUGAUACGAAAAUAAAUUUAGAUGAUAAUGCUGAAUUAGGAGAUAUAAGCGUAACAGCAGAAAAUGUAACAGUCACAAGACCUGUUCAUGAAGAUGUAGUUACUAAGUUUCUAAGAUUGAUAGAAACUCAACAUUUGCUCGGAGAAAAUUGUACUGCCGGUACGCAUUUAAAUUUAGGAGUAGGAGUUGUAGACAGAUACGCACAAGAAAGAUUUAGAAUAGAAGCCGAUGUGGCUGUCAAUCGAGCAAACAUGCUCACAAGACUAUGGAAGUAUGCUGGACCAGAAGUUAUGCACAACGAAUAUUUGUUACACGCUAGCGUGUUUUCAAUGGUUGAAUUUGAUGACGACAUUUUCGCAGCAGGAAAUUGCUACGACCAACUUCAGUAUAAAGACUAUCAACUGUUUUGUCCAUUCGCGUACCGGCUGCCUGAAGGGCCGAUAUUGGCGAAGGAUUUGGCUGUAGAAUACAAAUAUCUAAGCAAUACGUCGGAGUGGUUCUACAUCGCACGAAAGAAUGCAGAGCGCGUGAUCAAGAACCACAAUCAGUUCAGAAGAGGUGAGUGA